ACACCAUUUGUGAUUAGAGGUUAAAGUAACGUAAAGGAAAAAAUAUUGAAGAUUUUAUUCUUUCUUUUUUUACUGUAAAAAGAAUGUUUCCUUAUAAAGAAUUUCAAGCAGUUGUACUAGCUGCUGGAUUUGGUUCCCGUAUGACUGAACUUACUAGAGGUGAAUACAAAUGUUUAUUACCAAUUGGAAAUAUACCAAUGCUUUGGUAUCCUCUUCAAUUACUGGAACGUGCUGGUUUUAAAGAAGCUAUUGUUAUUAUAUCUGAAUAUAUGGAGCGUGUUUCAUUAAUCCUAAAUGAUUUAAAUCUUAAAAUUAAAAUGGAUUUCGUUGUUAUCGAAAAUGCAGAAAAUAUAGGGACUGCAGAUUCCAUUAGACUUAUUCAUGAGAAAAUCCAUACAGAUUUUCUAGUGAUCCCCUGUGACUUGAUCACUGAUGUUGAUAUAUGUGAAAUUUUGAAUCUUUAUAGAAAACACAAUGCUAGUAUUACAGCACUAAUGUUGCCUGUUCCUAAAGUACCAAAUGACAUUAUAACUCCAGGUCCAAAAAACAAACAAAAACCUGAUACUGAUUUAAUUGGUAUUAACAAUGAGACAGGACGUUUAAUUUUUUUUGCAUCAGCUUCAGAUUUUGAGGAAACAAUAAAAAUUUCUCAAACAUUACUUAAGAAACAUCCAAGUUUUACUAUUCAUUCAAAAUUAAUGGAUUCUCAUUUAUAUGUCAUUAACAAAUGGGUUUUAGAUUUUCUGGUACAUAAUAAAAAUUUUACUACAUUAAAAGGUGAACUUCUUCCAUAUAUUGUUAGUAAGCAGUUUUCAAAACCCCCCAAGCAAUGUGUGGAUGAUAAAAGUACUUCUAUUGUUCAAAUGAAUUUAAAGAAAGACAUCUACAGUUUUUCAACUGAGAAGCCACUCAAUGAAUUAAUUAGGAAAAUGUCAGCUUUCAAUGAUCAUGAUACUGAUUUAGAAGAUGCAUAUUAUGGAGAUAUAAUACGAUGUUAUGCUUACAUUGAUAAUGGAAAAUUUGGUUUGAGAGCAAAUACUAUACAAAUGUAUCACUUUGCCAAUACUAAGAUAUCAGAAUGGUGGAAUAAUAAUAAUGGACUAUUUUGUUUACCAAAUAUUGCAGUUACUGCAACUCUACGUAGCACACAAAUGGAAAAUUGUCGAGUUGAUCAUAAUGCUGUUAUUGAUGAAAAAACAUCUCUUAAAAAUACUCAUAUUGGACCCAAUGUAGCUGUUGAGUCAACAGCUAGAAUAUCGCAAAGUGUAUUAAUGGAAGCAGUAACAGUUCGACAGAGAUGCAUAAUACAUAAUUGUAUAUUGUGUAAUGGUUCUUUUAUUGAAGAGAAUACAGAGUUAAGGAACUGUAUAGUUGGACCUAUGCAUGUUGUAGAAUCUGGAAGUCAAUAUUCUCAUGAAGUCAUUAUGGAUCCAACUGAUUUGGUGCUAAUUUAAUCAUUUGUAAUAUUAAAUAUAUUAC